CUGGUAUUUUCGUAUUCGUUAUAAGGUGCCAGUCUUUGUAUAUUUCGUUUAGAGGGAACUUUCAUACUACAACGAAAAUGGUAGAAAUAGCAUCUAUUGAUAAUGUUGUGAAAGACAUAGGGGAAAUUUAUGCCCGUUUGUUUGACCACCGACCUUUUGUUCAAGGUGAAAUUAACUUUUUUUUGAAAGAAUUUGAGGAAAAACGAAAUGAUAGGGAGAUCGAACAGUUGUUUGAAAUUUUAGAAAAUGUCACAGAAAUUCGUGAGACACAGUUAGACAAAGCACAGCGACAGGGAGACACUAAUCUGUGUAACCUCACUGGAAAUUUAGAAGUUGCACUGCGGAUGUGUAGUAAAAUUGUGGAACGAGAAGAGGAGACAAGUGAUCGUGAAGAACUGUUGACAUACUGGAGAGAGAAAAGGCGAAAAGAGUGGGAAGCUUUUUUGAAAGAUAUUCAGGAUAAAAAUAAUCAGGUUGAUCAUGCCUUUGUGGAAAAGGAAAAUGAACUAAGGAAAUAUUAUAGGGAACUGGAAGAAAAGAUGCAUAUUUCUUCACAACAUGUGGCACCUUUAUCAUAGCUGUACAUUGUAAGGAACUACUUCUGCCUUGUUUUUGAAUGGAGUAGAAUUUCAGCCUCUGUGCUGAAACUUCCUUCUUCAGAAGAUCUCAUCAGUGAUCAAAACAUUAACCCACUCAAAAAACAAUGCAGGAGCAGUCCACUACAAAUACAAGACUUGCAAGGUCUAUGCUCUCUAAAAUACAAAUGAAACAGUAUCCAUAUAUUGUUAACAUAUUGAAUAGGGUAAUUUUUCUUGCAACUUAAAAAAAUUCUGUAAUUUGUGUUUACAAAUACAAGUUCAAUUUAAUAUAAAUAUAUAUUUCUCAAGGUUUGAAAAUUGGUAGAUGAAGAUGAUACAUUAAAAAACGUAACUUAAUUUCAAGAGUAUGAAAAUAGGGUGAAUACAAGCAAAAUAGAGAUUGAAAAUCACUAUAUGUUGCUUUUGACAAUGGUAGUUUUUUUUUAAAAUCAGAUCCAUGCACACAAAUAUGAACAACUUAUAAAAUAAACUGUUACCAGAGCUAAACAUGGACAUUAUGCAAAUAUACUAUAUGUAGUAAAUAAUACCCAUUCCAUAUAAAAACAUUCCACAUUUGUUUUAAUCAUUCGUGUCAGUAUUAUUAAGUUGCUUCUAGUAAAUUUUAUCUAAAAAUAAAAUUUUUCAGCUAUAAUGAAGGGGGUGAAUAACUGUGAUCUUAAAUUGUAUAGGCAAGUAUAUUUGUGUAAGCCUAACAGUUCUUUAAAGAUUUAUCUAUUUACAGACAUACAGUUAUUGUGUCUAAGCCUGGAUAAUCUUCUGUAAAUAUUUUUAGAUGGACAAAAAGUAUUCCAAGGUUUUCCUAUUCACAAGAAUAUGAAAACAAGUAAUGCAAGAUAUUGAUUGAAAUAAAAUGAUGCUUGAAAGUAA